UGCUGAUGUCAGAGAGGAGGGAGGGAUCGCCCCCAUAGCGCGCAGCAUGAACGCUCCGCGGCAAAAGGAUGUGUGAACAAGCAGCGCGCUACUGCAGGGACGGCGUCCACAAACUGCUCCACAAAGAACAAGCCAAACUCCGGGCACAGGACAGCAAAGACCAGCCCAAACCCGGGGCUCAGGACAGCGAGAUAGCGACGGCUGCACAGUCCGGAAACAGCGGUUCUCAGCCCGGUGGAAUAGACGGGCUCGUCCGCUGGAUAGUCACCAAGAUGAGCGACAAUAAAAGCAUCUCUACUCGGGAAUAUGUGAAGGAGGAGGCGGCGGUGGCUCAGGAGCAGUUCUUUGCACCGGAGCCCCGAAAGGGCAUCUCUGUCAUUUUGGACAUUUUCCGGAGAGCUGAUAAGGAUGAUGAUGGAAAGCUCUCCCUUGAUGAGUUCCAGGCUUUCUUCUCUGAUGGGACUCUGAAUGAAGAGGAGCUGGAAAAACUGUUUCACACCAUUGACUCUGAUAACACCAGUAAUGUCGACACCAAGGAACUAUGUGACUACUUUGCCAACCACAUGGGAGACUAUGAAGGUGUACUGGCCUCCCUAGAGACUCUCAACCUGGCGAUUCUCAAAGCCAUGGACUUCACUAAGAAGGUAUAUGAACGUGGAACUAAUGUUGAACAGUUUGUGACCCGCUUCCUGUUGAAGGAAUCAGCCAAUCAGAUCCAGUCUCUGUUAAACUCUGUAGAGAGUGCUGUGGAUGCCAUUGAUGAGCAGCAUUCAUCAGUGGGAUCCUACCCCAGUAAGACCAGCCCACGUGUCCCAGAUAGGCGCUAUGAGGCCCCGGUGCCGGAUUAUCCUCCCAACAACAGAGUCAGUGCAAAGGAGAGCGUCAGGAACAUCAACACAGGUGCAGGAGCUGUUGAGGUGAGAAAAGAAGGACUUGAGGCACAGAUCAACCGACUGGCUGAGCUGAUUGGACGUCUGGAGAACAAGACAGUUUGGUUUGACCUACAUCAGCGACUAACAGACACUGAUGGCACAACUAGCGCAUCCCUCUACCUGAUCCGCCAGGAGAUGAACGUUUCCCAGAAGCACCUGGGAGAGUUCUGCGAGGCCCUGAAACAAUACCUGAAGAAUGUGUCUGCUCAGAGAGACUGUUUCCAUGUGACGGCUGUGCGGCUGCCUGACGGCCUUUCCUUUGUGGUGUACGAGUUUUGGGAUGGAGAGGAGGAAUGGAAGAGGCACCUUCAGACUGCAGCUUGCAAGGCCUUCCAGCAUGUGAAAGUGGAUACUCUAUGCCAGCCCGAGGCUGUGUCCUCUGUUGCUGUGCCUGCCGCCUGGUGCAGCCUGAACAGAGACUGAGAAGCGAGCCAGUCUGCGGGUGGAAUGGUCCCGCCUUAUGCCUGAAACCCUUUUCUUCUCCUCCUCUUCCUCCACUCCCCCUCUCUAUCCCUGUCACAGUCCCUGCUAUCUUAACUACCCCCCUUUCUCUCAGCGCUCUCCCCACUCUGUCUCCUUCUCUUUUGUAAUUACUUGUUUACACAGUAUCCAUUUGAUAUUGAGCCAAAAGUAGUGUCGGCUGGACACUGGAGUACCAAUUCCUUCUUCACCUCCAUUGCGACGUACAUAGACAACAUUAAAACUCCCCAAAGCAUUUGGGAACCUCA